ACGGUCCUCACACUAGUCUGCCCCCUUUAUAAAGCCAGCUCUCUGGGGAAGCUGAACGUACGGGUGGUUUUACUUCCCUAUGUCCCCUCCAGCACUGGAGUCAAGGUCAACUUCACUCUGAGCUCCCCUCAAGGUUGCUUCUCUUGAUUGAGCAUUAAACCGGACAUAGUGUCAGUAAAGCCGCUGUAUUUGGAGGAGGAGCCUGGAUGCUCUCGGGAGGCAGAGCUCACGGCUUAGUCCACUCAGCCAAUCAGAUUGAGCAGCAUCAUCAUCGCUGAGGAGAUCGGUGUUGGCAAGUCCACCCUCCUCCGCUCUAUGGCGUGUCGUGAGCUGCGUCUACCAGCUGGUGUGAGUGUACUACACGUGGAGCAAGAGGUCACCGGGGACAACACACUAGCACUGGAUAGUGUACUCGAGUGUGACACUGAGAGAGUGCAGCUGCUCGCUAGAGAGCGGGAGCUACUGGCCUCAGAGGACAAGGACACAGCAGCAGGCAGCGCUUCUGAUGAGCUGGCUGAGGUAUACCUUCCAUUACAGGAGAUAGACGCUGACAAAGCACCAGCAAGGUAACUGUACCCAGUAGAUCAAGUACCAUCUUACACACUGUGCUCACUCACUCACAGAG